GCUUCCCAAAACCCCAAUCUUGUCGCCUUCACCAUUUCCCACCCGCCUUCACCAUCGUCCGUCUCCAUCCCGCGCCCGCGCCCGCGCCCUAGGCCCGCCGCCGUCGCUGCUUCUCGCGUGCCGGCGGUGGUGGUGGUGGUGGUGGUCUGUGAGGGGUGUAUGCGGUUCGAGUGACCCACCCCAGGAUGCAGGCUACCGGGAGCGUCUCUUGGGUGGCGCACGCGUCCGUCCUCGGCGGCGGAGGCGGCGGCUGCCGGGUGGUGCGGCGGCCGUCGUGGGACGGCGGUAGGCUGACGGGGUUUGGGGUGGUGCGGUGCUGCGUGCAGGAGAAGAAGCCCCGGGUGAGGAAGACCAAGGAGGAGAGGAGGGAGAUGGUGGAGUCCUUCGUCAACACUUAUCGGGUUUCAAAUGAUGGAAAAUUCCCUUCAGUGAAUCUCACACAUAAGGAAGUUGGAGGAUCCUACUACAUAGUUCGUGAAAUUGUGAGAGAUAUCAUCCAAGAAAACAGGGUUCUGGGUCCGGGUGGCUUGAAUGCCAAGGCUCUGAGUUUUGAAGACUGCCCUGAUACUGUGGAGUCACCUGUUACACAUGAACUGGGCCAAGAAAGUGUUGAGAUAGUAGAUAUGUUGGAUGACGACCAAGCUGACAAGGGUACUGCAAUGGACAGUCAGGAGGUUGGGUCAUCUCAAAACAAUGGUCAUCUCUUCGAGGCUGCUGUACUGAAUAGUUCAGUUCAAAAUGGGAACGUAGAAGAGACAACAUGCUUAGAGACAAACAGUGAGAAACAAGAUGAAGUUCCAUGCGGGCAAGCGAUAGAAAUUGACCCCCGUAGUUCUGAAAAACAAUCUCCUUCCUUUUCUCAUACUCCUCAUUCAGAAAAUGAAAUUGAGAUGGACAGUACAGUGGAUGCUCAUGAGACCACCAGUAGUUUUACUACUGGAGUUAUUUCUUUCUCAGAACACAGUGCCGUUUCUAUGAAUGGGUCACUUGUACAAGAUCAUGGGACAUUAUCUGAUGAUUAUCAUGGUGCCGCAACUGAUAAUGCUGCCGAUGAAGCUGAUAGUUUCUUACAAACUAAUGGAGUUCUUCAAGCAAAUCAGACCCUUUUGCAGGAGCAUGAGACAAGAUCUGAAAGUGUCAUGGGCAAUGAUGUUCAAACUGUUGAUGGCCAACUCAAUUCUACACCGGAUGCUUUCAACUCAAAUACAAGUUAUCCAGAAACAGAACACACAGCCAAGUCCAUUGAAGUGUCUGAAGUAAAGAGUUUGCAAGAUGAGUGUGAGCAAUCAACAACUGUUGCAAAUGCUGAUGAGGAAGAAAAUGCAGAAAGUGUUGUUUCUCAUUCAGAAUUGGAUACAAAGGUGCCGUCACACAUCAAAGGCAAAAACUUGGAGGAAGAUAGCAGUGAACUCAAGCAAUCUGUAUCUGUCAUGACAAAGGAAGAGGAUGACAGCAAGCCUGAACACGGAGACAGCACCACAACUGCGAUCAGCAGGCAUGCACUUUGCCUUCUAACUUUGCGUUGCAUGCUUACUGUUUAUAAUUUUCUUCAUGCGUCGCAAAUGGCCACUUCAUAUUUGGAAAACUGGGAAGGUGCAGGCGAAGAAAGAGACCAACCUAUUUUGGCUAAUCAUUAGGGCAUUUGUUGUUGCCAUGUCCAAGAUAUGGGCCAAAUGAGAUGAUGUGCGGAAGGCACCUUCAUCUUGCGCUGCAGCCUGGGAUGUCCUCUGCCUAUCGGCCAGCGAGCGAAGUGUUCUGUGAAGCUCCAUUCUGACACGAUGCAUAUACAUAUUUUUGCUGCGCCACAUUUUAGGUUGGAUGUUAGACAUCAACUGUUGGUUUUAGGCUCUAGUUUCUAGGAGUAGCAUUUUGGUGAACUUGUUCAGCUGUGUCAACUCAAAAUCUAAUAGCUGUAAUUGCACUUUUUUGUGUGUAGAA